GCGUGUAGGCAGGGGUAUGCAUUUCUCCACGGCCAGGGGGUCUCCUCCCAGCUGCUGCAGACGAGUGGUCGGCCCUAGAGGCUAGCCGUGUGGACAUGAACUGAUUUGUUCCAGCCCAGGGCCGCCAAACCGCCCGACGAGUGAGGGGAAAGCAGCACGUAGCCUCGGCAGGCCCCAGAAGUUUAGCAGGUGAACUGUCUCAGCCCUGCCCACAGGGCGCUAGAGGGUCAGAAGGGUCCCGCCCUUCCCCGACUGGGGCCCAGCAGGGCGAAGGUUGUCCCCAAGGCCACGUGAGCCUUCCUCGCCUCUAAAAGCCCCAAACAGGCCGGGCUCAUGAGAGAGGAAAGUUAAGGACGCUCCAACCUCUGCAUCGCUCCGCCCCACCACCGGCAGCAGAACCGCUCUGCCAACAGCCGCCUGGUCCAGCCGAGCGGAGAUCGCGGCCGCCGAGCGAUGUCCCGCCGCAGCCCGGACGGGAGCCUCGGGCUGCUCUCGCCGCCGGCCCUGCUGCUGCUGCUGCUUCUGGCCGCCGUGGUGCCGUCGGGCCUGGCAGGGGUGUACUAUGCAACUGCGUACUGGAUGCCUACCGAGAAGAGAAUGCAAGUCAGAGAUGUCCUGGACAGGAAUGGGGAUGCCUAUGGCUUUUACAAUAACUCUGUGAACACCACAGGCUGGGGCAUCCUUGAGAUCAGAGCGGGCUACGGCUCUCGAUCCCUGAGCAAUGAGAUCGUCAUGUUUGCAGCCGGCUUUUUGGAGGGUUACCUCACUGCCCCACAUAUGUAUGACCACUUCACAAACCUCUACCCACAGCUGAUUAAGGAACGUUCCGUGGUGGAUAAAGUACAGGAGUUUUUAACGAAGCAAGAUCAGUGGGCCCGGGAUAACAUCAAAAAUUACAAGGAUGACCCAUUUUGGAGACACACAGGCUAUGUUAUGGCACAAAUGGAUGGGCUAUAUGUAGGGGCCACGAAGAGGGCUAUAGUAGAAGGAACAAAGCCCAUAACCCUGUUCCAGAUUCAGUUCCUGAAUGCUGUUGGAGAUCUGCUGGACCUGAUUCCCUCACUUUCUCCCACAAAAAACUCCGGCCUGGAGGCUUUUAAGAGAUGGGACAUGGGACAUUGCUCUGCUCUUAUUAAGGUUCUUCCUGGAUUUGAGAACAUCUUUUUUGCUCACUCAAGCUGGUACACGUAUGCUGCCAUGCUCAGGAUAUAUAAACACUGGGACUUCAACAUCAUUGAUAAAGACACCAGGAGUAGUCGCCUCUCUUUCAGCAGUUACCCAGGGUUUUUGGAGUCUCUGGACGACUUUUACCUUCUCAGCAGUGGUUUGGUAUUGCUGCAGACCACAAACAGCGUGUAUAAUAAAACCCUACUGCAGCACGUGGUACCCAAGUCUCUCCUGGCCUGGCAAAGAGUCCGGGUGGCCAAUAUGAUGGCAAACGGAGGCAAGCAGUGGGCAGAGGUCUUUUCAAAAUACAACUCUGGCACGUAUAACAAUCAGUACAUGGUCCUGGACCUGAAGAAGGUAAAUCUGAACUACAGCCUUGGUAAAGGCACUCUGUACAUCGUGGAGCAAAUUCCUGCAUAUGUAGAAUAUUCUGAACAAACCGAUGUUCUGCGGACAGGCUACUGGCCCUCCUACAACAUUCCUUUCCAUGAAAAAAUCUACAACUGGAGCGGCUAUCCAAUGUUGGUUAAGAAGCUGGGUUUGGAGUACUCUUACGAUCUGGCUUCACGAGCCAAAAUCUUCCGGCGUGACCAAGGGAAAGUGACUGAUAUGGAAUCCAUGAAAUAUAUCAUGCGCUACAACAAUUACAAGAACGAUACUUACAGUAAUGGCGAUCCCUGCAAUACCAUCUGUUGCCGUGAGGACCUGAACUCACUGAGCCCAAGUCCUGGAGGUUGCUAUGACACCAAGGUGGCAGAUAUCCACCUGGCGUCCGCGUACACAGCCUAUGCCAUUAGUGGGCCCACAGUACAAGGUGGCCUCCCUGUUUUUCACUGGAGCCGUUUCAACAAAACUCUCCAUGAGGGCAUGCCAGAGGCCUACAACUUUGAUUUUAUUACCAUGAAACCAAUUCUGUAACUUGACAUGAAAUGGAGGGAGAUGAGAUACAAAGGGCACUAUUUUAACUACGUUUUCCCAUUCAGACUUCGUCUUAAAAUACAUUCAAUCCAGUCUAUCACUUUCAUUUUUCACUGCCAAUUUUGUCAUGUUUAAAACAAGCAUUUACUAUAGGGUAGAGCACUGUAGAAGAAAAAAUUACAUACGAUGAACGACAAUACCGUUUUAGCACACAAGCUUAUACACAAGAAAGUAUGGUAGAAGCUGCUCCCUCGCUCACCAAAAUCCAUUCUCUGCUUUUAAGCCUGGCCCCACAGACCACACCUCCCAGGCUGCCUUGGGCAGCUGUGCCACGUGGCGGCGUUCUCACGAGUGGACUCUUUCCAGGCCUGGCCCCUAACAGCCUGUACUGCUCAUGCUGUUUCCCCUUCUCCCACCUGGAUGUGCUUGAUGACAGAGCUCUAGGGGGUGGUGGGACCUGCAAUAGGAAUACUCCAAUAGUGUUCUUUUUCUGGUCAUUAGGAAGCAACAGCUGAGUCUUUUUCUGGCGCAGGACAGGCACAUAAUACAGCAGACUUUAAUGUUGUCUCCCGUUAGUUAAAAGCAGCAUAUCUAAUCUGGGAGCAACUCUGCAUAACAAACUUUUCUUUCAAAGCUGGAGAACUAUAUGUGGUUUGAGUACCGUGGUACUGUCAAGUUAAGUUAAACGAGCCAUACUGAACACUGUAACAGUGACUCUCAACAAGGUGAAAGACUCCCAGAAGAAAAAACAAAGAAACACAAGGGCUGAGAACAAGCAGAAUGAAUCAGAGCACACAGGAUGUGAAAAACCCAGCAGUUUAUUUCAAAGUAUAAAUUUCAGGCUUGCUGAACAAAAUCCCACUACAGUUAACACUUAUACAGACAACACUCUACUGUACAUUUAAAAAAGAAAAACCCCACAAAAACCUUCGAAACCUAAUAAAAAUAGGGCAACUUGGUACAGCCCAGUUUCUAUUAGACAUUAGGAAGGUCUUACAUUGUCUUAUUAUUUACACUUUCAACUGCAAUAAAGAAAAAUCAGGAUGCAAGUUUACUACAAAGGAAUUAUUUUUAUAUUUAAAUUUGAAAUGGUUGAUGAAACACUAAAGCCAGGAUUUCCCAAAAGGUGUUUGAUUGCCCAGUUACCUUAUUUACAAACAAAAUUUUUUUAAAAGAUGGCAAUUAAAUAUAAAUGAUGGGUAUUAACUGACUCUACGAAUAAAAAAAAAUGAAAAACUUAUUUAGCAUGAUAAAAUAAUUUGACCAGAAGACAAAGCAUGUAUUUGUACCAUCCUAUUCCUCCCCACUGGCUGGCUCAAGGGGAAUAAGUUUUAGGAAUUGGAUAAACCUGCCGCACUAACAAAACACCUUAUAGGCAUUGUUCUAAUCUUUUUUUUUUUUUUUGUCCCAAAAUUUUUAAAAAGGGGAGGGAGCCUCAUUUGCCCAGUAAAUAGUAAGGCAGGCAGAAUCAUACAUUGGUUUUAGAUAGAGUUAUUUUCAAUAAUCUAAUACUGGGACAUGGUAUUUCUGGAAAUUAAAAUAAAACAGGCCAAUGAUAAAGCUAAAGUAAUGAAUAAAUCACAGGAUACUGAAAUAGCCCAAGAAGGAAAGUCCCGGAGAACACUUGGAAGUGUUUGCCGUAACCUACUGUGCUAAGAUCACAGUGUAUAAAAGAGAGGAGGAUACCACAGGCAUUAUUUUCUUAAUCUUGUACAGUACUGGAAAAUUCGCAGAAUAAGACAAAAGUGUAUGCAGUAUUAACACCUUGCUGCAUAAAUGAUCAUUUUGAAAGUGUAAGCAAAAGAGCAAACAAACAAAAAAAACUACGUUAACACUUAAUCCAAUACAGCAAGAGAACUGUGUGGUGCGGCCCACCUAAGGAGUUCUGCUGACAGAUGGUCCUAAGAUUCCAAGCUCCUUGCUUUAGGUCAUUGUUUUCAAUUAAACCUUUCAUUUACUAUCUGGCAAUGGGGGUCAGGAGAGCGGGGAACACCUCUCUGUGAGGCAAAUGGUAUCCCAAUAAACACUCACUUCUCAAGGAA